UACAAAAAAAAAAAAAAAAAAAAUAUGUUGAAAUUUUCAUUGAACCAUUACUCAACCCCUAACUGGUAUUAAAUAUUUUUCCACAAUUUUCUUUUCUUUUCUUUUCUUUUUUAUUUUGUAUUUUUAUUCUUGAAAUCUCUCUCGUUCAUCGUCGAGGAUCAAUGGGGAAGGAAAGCGGAGUCUCAGCCAUGGAAAUUGACGAUCAAAAAUCAGCCGCUCCUGAUCAGAUCAACAACCCCAAAUUCUCAAUCAAUGUGUUGCAGCUCUUGAAAUCUUCUCAGAUGCAGCAUGGACUACGACUUGGGGAUUACACUCGCUACCGGAGGUAUUGUACUGCUCGAUUGCGGAGGUUGUAUAAAUCAUUGAAGUUUACACAUGGGCGUGGUAGAUACUCCAAAAGAUCCAUAACCGCGAAUACUAUCACCAAUGUAAGGUUCCUUCAUUUGGUUCUUUAUACGGCAGAAAGAGCUUGGAGUCAUGCCAUGGAGAAAAGACAGCUGCCAGAUGGUCCAAAUGCUCGUCAACGCAUCUACCUGAUUGGUAGGCUGAGGAAGGCUGUGAAAUGGGCUACGCUUUUUGCAGAGUUGUGCGCCAUCAAGGGUGAUUCAAGGACAUCUUUAGAAGCCGAGGCCUAUGCUGCUUACAUGAAAGGGAAUUUAUUGUUUGAACAAGAUCAAAGUUGGGACAUUGCCUUGAAGAGUUUUAAGAGUGCCAGGGCUGUUUAUGAGGAACUUGGGAAAUAUGGAGACCUAGAGACCCAAGUUUUGUGCCGUGAGCGUGUUGAGGAAUUAGAACCAAGUGUACGCUACUGCUUACACAAAAUUGGCGAGUCAAAUUUGCAAACUUCUGAGUUUUUACACAUUGGUGAAAUGGAAGGACCUGCACUGGACCUUUUCAAAGCUAAACUUGAGGCUGUUAUGGCUGAAGCAAGAUCUCAGCAGGCCGCAUCUAUGACUGAAUUUUGUUGGCUUGGUCAUAGAUUUCCCGUUUCCAAUGCUAAGACACGGGUUUUCAUAUUGAAAGCUCAGGAAUUGGAGAAAGAUAUACAUGGUCCAAUGGCAGAAUCCAUUCCAGCAGAAAAAAGACUUGUCAUUUUCGACAAAAUUUUUGCUUCAUAUCGUGAAGCCAGGAGCUGCAUCCGCAAUGACUUGGUCACUGCAGGUAAUUCUGAAAACAUGAAAGAUGAUCUAAGUGGCCUUGACAAAGCUAUUAGUGCCGUAUUAGGACAGGGGACCAUUGAGCGGAACCAGUUGUUGGUAAGCAUAGCCAAAAGUAAACUUACUAAAUCCCGCGAAGACAAAAAUGAGAAAGUUACCAAGCCUGAAGAGCUUGUCCGGUUGUAUGAUCUUUUAUUACAGAAUACAGCUGAUCUUUCCGAUUUAGUUAGUUCUGGAAGAGAUAGAAAACCAGAAGAAGUGGCAUUUGCUAAAGAAUGUGAGCUCAGAAGCUUGGUUUUCCGAGCAGAAAGGUGCUUUUACUUGGCUAAAUCCUAUAGUUCAGCUGGAAAGAGGACAGAAGCAUAUGCGUUAUUCUGCCAUGCUCGCUCUCUUGCUGAUGCUGCCCUUAAAAAGCUCCAAAGUUCUAUUGCCCCUGAUCAGGUACUGAUCAAGGAAUUGAAUAUACUAUAUGAUGACUGUAGAUCCAACAGUUGUUUAGAGCAUGCUACAGGAAUUAUGGAGGAGGAGAAGGCUCCAGAGAAUCUUUCCAAGAAAAUCUCUACUAUAUCACUAACUGGAGCUAAUAAGAAGAUGAUUCAGCUGGAGGAACUUCUCACUGAGAAACUAGAUACCUAUGAAUCUGCAGUUGGUGAUAUUAACAGAAAAGGAGUUCCCUGUAUUGCAGCCGUCCCACCAGCCUUCCAAGCAAUUGCUCGCAAUCCAAUUGUACUGGACCUUGCCUAUAAUGAAAUUGAAUUCCCAUCACUGGAGAAUAGGAUGAAGAAAGAUAAGCAGGGCUUCAUAAGUCGGCUUUGGCGAUAAGUCACUAUUGAGUUGUUAUUUGAUUAUGGUUUUUUGCUUCCAUAGCAUUUGAGCAAUUUUGUUAGCAAUAAUUUAUCAUCAUACAUACUAUGAUUACAUGAUAUCUAGCCAUUAAAUUUUGGGAUGCAUACUUGGGAUAAAACUCGAGUUGAAAGUGAAUAAAUGCUUCUAUUUCCAUUGCUAUGAAAUAAGUGGGAACGAAGCACAAUUUUGAAUUUUA